GGGGCAAGGGAGCAAUCAUAUCGUCACCUUGCAGAAGAAGUAUUCUUUUGAACUGAAAAGGCAACGGAUUGGGCAAAAAAAGUUAUUCUUUUUGCUACUGCACUGUCCUAGCUUUGGAGAUACGAUAAGAGCUCCCCGCACGGCUAGAAGGGUACCUAGUCAUUUAUAAGCGUCUGGACUUUCACUCUCGCUAUUUUCUGUUUUUCUUCCCUAUACGUAUUCUGGUUUCUUCUUAGUUGCCGUUCUGAGUCCAGCUUCUGCUAUAAUGGAGAGAAUAAUUCGUCCUGUUUCCCGGCAAUUGCUGAGGUCACGGCCUCGGUACCCUUUCUCAAUUCCUCCGCCAGUACAUGCUGCGCGACUUUAUAGCAAUAAGAGUCAUGUUGUACCUCGGUUGAAUGAUCCGUCGCUUUUCAUUGAGAAGGCAUACGUCAACGGGGCAUGGGUUGAUUCGCAGUCUGGGAAGACCUUUGAAGUCUACGGUAGGUGGCUCGCUUUCUCUUUGUUUAAUGGAUUUUCGACAUGGUCAAACCUGACAGGUGAUGACCCCUUCAAACAGACCCUGCGUCUGGUAAGCUCAUUGGAACAUGUCCCGAGUUUGAUGUUGCCGACGCCGAAAAGGCUAUUGAGGCCGCGAGGGAAGCUUUCCCCAAGUUCCGGAACACUCUUGCCCGUGAACGUUCUCGAAUGCUGCGCCGGUGGUAUCAAUUGAUGGUCGACAAUGCAGAAGAUCUAGCAACGCUUAUUACAUGGGAGAAUGGGAAGCCAUUGGCCGACGCCAAGGGAGAGGUUAACUACGCUGCCGGCUUCUUCGAAUGGUUCAGUGAGGAGGCACCUCGUAUCUAUGGCGAUACGAUUCCCUCGUCGGUCGCAGGAAACAGGGUCAUCACUGUCAAGCAACCCGUCGGUGUCUGUUCUUUGCUCACUCCGUGGAACUUCCCUGCGGCGAUGAUCACAAGAAAGGCAGCGCCUGCUCUGGCGGCUGGUUGCACUGUUGUUAUAAAAACUCCCGGAGAGACACCAUUUACUGCUAAUGCCUUGGCGGAAUUGGCUCAUAGGGCAGGGAUCCCUAAGGGUGUUGUCAACAUAGUCACCGCGUCGAGGAAUACCCCAGAGGUGGGCGAGUUGCUAACCACGCACCCCGAAGUCCGCAAAGUGUCGUUCACGGGAUCCACCAAUGUUGGUAAGCUUCUUAUGAAGCAGGCAUCAUCUACUCUCAAGAAGGUCUCCUGGGAACUUGGAGGAAACGCCCCGUUCAUUGUGUUUGAUGACGUUGAAGACCUUGACGCUGCGGUUACUGGAGCUAUAGCCUCCAAAUUCCGAAGCUCUGGACAGACAUGUGUCUGUGCCAACCGCAUCUACGUGCAGAAGGGGGUUUAUGAUGAGUUCGCCAAGCGAUUUGCCGAGAAGGUCAAGAAUUUCAAGCUGGGAGGCGGCUUCGUUGACGGUAUCACGCAUGGCCCAGUCAUCCAUGAGCGUGCUGUCGAAAAGGUCGCCGAGCAUGUCCGCGAUGCCGAAGCCAAGGGCGCCAAGGUCAUUGUCGGAGGCAAGAGGGCCUCCGAGCUGGGGCCAAACUUCUUCCAUCUGACUGUUCUUACUGGAAUGAACAAAGACAUGCGCCUCGCUUCCGAAGAGACGUUCGGCCCAGUUGCCGGCCUGUUCCCAUUUGAGACAGAGAAGGAAGUUGUCGAACUGGCGAACCAGGCAGAGGUUGGUCUGGCCGGGUAUUUCUACAGCGGAAACGUCAAGCGCAUCUUCCGUGUCGCUGAAGCACUGGAGGUAGGAAUGGUGGGCGUGAAUACGGGACUGAUUAGUGACGUUGCUUCUCCGUUCGGCGGUGUCAAGCAAAGUGGAUUCGGACGCGAAGGCAGCAAGUACGGUGUCGACGAGUUUGUCGUCGUCAAGAGCAUUACAUUUGGCGGGAUCAAUCCGUUGUAAAUGUCGACAUGAAUAAGCACAGCUCUGGAAAUGAAUGCCAUAUGCAUCUUAUAUGAACUAAUCAGGAUUGAUCUGAUUUUCUUGGGCAUGUUUCUUGGAACCAGCAGGACUUCUUGUACAUUGUUCUGGAUUAUCAAAAUAGCUUCUUCUGUUAUAUAGAGUUUAUAUGAGUUUGUUUUACUGUGAGACCCCUUUGGCCGAUUCCAAGGGUGAAGGUUAGGUGAAGCUGUCUUUCGUCCCUGCAGUCUGAUGCCCGGGAUCUUACCUGUUCAUGACAACAAACGGCACAACCGCCAAAGUACGGAGACUCCUUGCAUCCACUGCAAGGUAAUCCUUGAUCCCUGGACAUGGGAUGUCUUACUGUCCGGGCCAGAGUGUAUUAGCCGGCUACCCGCAUAAUCCACGUCUCCAGGAUGCAGACAUAUCUCAAGCAAGAAACCGUUUGAGUCCCCAAAUAUGACGUGUCUCUUUGGAUAGAGUGAAUGAUUCCAUUCAGUGAAUAUUGUUUGACUUAUGCUAUUCACUGAAGGACUAUGGAAAGAGGGGAUUCUAUACUCACUAGUUCUCCACCUCUUCUACCUCAACUCUUACCUUUUUACUCUAUAUAUAUACAUAUUAUAUUGCUUCUAC